AUGGCUCGCAAAUUAACUGGAUGCAUCUUAAAUAUACCCAUUGAUCAUGCGCCCUACUCCCAUGCACUUGAUACACAGGUCGAGAUCAGCCGACUACUGUUGGAAAUAGCGACCAAUAAGAUCCUUCUGACUCAUUCAGAGGCUGUUAAUUUUCAAUGUGAUAUGGAGGAGAUGCUGCAUGGUAGACUUUCACCUGUAGCAACAGCAGGCCUGUUGACGAUGGGGCAGCUGCGGCCAGACAUGCAGCAGCCCUGUGCGCCAUCUCUGUUCGAGCUGCCUGGUCAGCCGUCAGUGUUAUUGUUGUUGCUGCUGCUGCUGAUGAUACAGCCUAGCCUGUUGACUGAUUCAGAUGUUGCUCAUUUUGAAUGCAAUAUGGAAGGAGACGAGGUACUGGCAGAAUUGAAGCAGUGAGGACAGGUCGUGAGUUGUGCUUGGGUACCUUAGCCGGCAGAGCACUUGCCCACAAAAGGCAAAGGUCCCGAGUUCGAGUCUCGGUCCAGCACACAGUUUUAACCUACCAGGAAGUUUCAAUAUGGAAGAGAUGCUGUGUGGUGGACUUGCACCUGCAGCAGCAGCUGGUCUGCCCACGAUGGUGGUCCUCGGUCCACUCAUAAUGCUGCGGCCCUCUCCACAGACACCCAUGCUGCUGCUGCAGCUGCUGCUGAUGAUGGUACAGCCUGCUCUGUGGAUGUGGCCACAGCCAGCCAUACAGUAGCAGCAGCAGCAGCAACCCAGUCCCCAGCCACCCAUGGUUUACCUGCCGCAGCAACCAGCAGCCAGCCACAAAGCAGCAGCAGCAGCCGGGCACAUCGACAUCUGUAGUGCAGGCCGGGUCGUCGACAUCCCAGACUGGUCCACAGCAUGGCAUCAUGACUCCAACCCAUUUUUUGUGGUCUGCAUAGCACUCUUCGUACCCUGGCAUGUCUCAAGAGUGUCACAAACAUUGCAGAUCAUCGAGACACCGAGUCGGGUCUAGAAGCAGCAGCACACUCACCCAUGCCAUUAUAGAUCACCAAAUAAG